UAACAUCAUAGUUUCAAUCUCAAAGCUCUCAACCCCUCCACUCCCAAACACUGAAAUAUCCUCUCAUAUCAUUCCUAACUCCUUUCCAACUUUUCAUGUAAAAAAAUUAACCAAAUAAAAAUUAUUUUUUUUGAAGAAAAGGAUUCAGUAGAAGAAGACGAGGUAGUAAUAAAAUAAAAUAAAAAUUGUUACAGUUUCGCUUCUCUUCUUUUCCCACCACGCAAACCCAAAACUAGAAGACGAAACCACACACCCCUAUCUCGUCGCGUCGGCGGCCUUUGACAUUCCCACCCUCACCGCCGUCGGAUCAACCGCUGCCUCGCCGCCGAUGGGCUUGCUCCGCCGGAUCUCCGGCUUCUUCGGCAUCUCCCGUGACGAUGACCACCCCGACUCCUCAUCCUCCAACGCCGCCGCCGCGGCGGAACUCCCGCAGGACAGGGCGGCCGCGGCUGCGGCUGCAGCGGCGGCCCACGGCGCGAGGCGGGGGUUCAGCGUCCAGGUUCCCGUCCCCGUCGAGCGGCAGGGCCCCGGGCCCGUGCUGGUGCCCUGCCCCCAGGGGGACGGCGGCGUGCAGGGCUUUCGGUGGUAUACAAGGAAGCUGAGGAUUGAUGAAGACUGGGACGUGGCUGAUGAGUUCUUGGAUGAGGUUAUCCCGGAAAGCUCGAUCAACAACGACACUAGCCCAGUUGGAAGGUUCCAACCGAAAUUCAACACGAAACCAGCCAGUCUUGCGAUGAGAAAGCAGAUUAUUGCCGUUGACGGCGACAUCCGCCACAGCUUGGAACACCAAGGGCAACUGCAGUGGGUGUGAGUGGAUAUGUAAUCUUCCUCCUGUUCGCGUUGGCCAGAAGAGCGCGCAGGAGCUAAUGCCUCCGUGAUUCUUCAUUCAGUGUGUUUGGGAUGGUUCAUCUCAUGGUGAUCACUAGAUCCCUUGUACCACUAGUAGUUGUACAUUAUCGUAUUGCGAACAAUGACAGGUAAACAAGCUGCUGCUGGAAAUUUAAUGGGUAGUGUGCUUGCUUGCUAAUUGGUUAAAAUUGGAAUGGGUAAUGUGCUUGCUUCCAUUGGUUCCU